UUUAGAAUUUGAGAGAGAGAGAGAGAGAGAGAGAGAGAGAGAUGGAGGAAUCUAUACGGAGCUUGUGCAAGGGCGUAGCGUCCUUCUGCAACCACCUCCAGAGCAGCUGCGACGCCCUAAAAACCUCAGUCGACCGCCGGGCAAUCCCUCUCGAUACGGCGUCGUCCACCUUCCUCCAAUCCCUCAACCGCCGCGUCUCCGCCGCCAGCACCCAGCUCAACCUCCUCGAAACGAUGUCGUUCGGAACCGUCUCCUUCGAGGAGCUCCUGGGCCACUGCACCGAGGUCUACAAGGACAACCAAACCCGCCUCCUCCACCUCCAACGUCGUCUCUCUCCUUCGUCCGCUUACGACCCCGAAAUUGAGAUCGACGAUCACGAAACGACGCCGGUUGAUCCAGAGGACGGAUUCGAUCCACGUAUCAGUGAUGAAGAAGACGACUCUUUAUUGGACGAGUCUUUGAGUUUAAAGAAGCUUGGACUUUCGGAUGCUUCCCUUGCCACUUUAGCAUUUCAAGCUAAUGCUAGAAAUGAGGAUCCAGAUAUAUCUUUGCAUGAGUUUAAGUCCUUGUCAUAUGAUCAUUCUACGGAUACCUCGGGAGCAUCUGGAGAUGGAUUGCUCUCUGAUUUUGGGGAAGGUGAGGAUAAACCAAAGCUAGCUCAAGUUCCUUUGCCUCUUGUAAAUGUAUCUAGGGGUGAUUAUGAGAGUCUUCCUUCCUACAUGAAAAGCCUAGCACCUUGGGAGGACCUGCUUGCUGCUGUUGAGAAAAUUAAUUCAGGCCUGAAAGGAAAAGCAAAGGGAAGUAGCUUCUUCCACCAAGAUGAAAUUUCAUCCUUGGGUUUGGGGCCUAAAGCGAGAUCUUACUUGCUGCUGCUUGUACGCAUGAAUCGAUUAGUUGUUGAGACUGUAGAUGGUUUAAUAUCAUACAGAGUUUUGUAAGGAAUUGGCGCAUUGAUAUGUACUCUUUAUUAUUAUUAUUAUUAUUAUUAUUA